AAAUUAGAAUGGCUUCUUUGACCCCUCCUUCGCCUCCGGCGAUGAAGAACGGUGAGUUUAGAAGAAACUGGGCGGAGCUUCCGCCCGAAAUGACGUUAUCUAUCCUGAUCCGUCUCAGUCCGAUCGAGUUACUGCAGAACGCUCAGAGAGUGUGCCGAUCGUGGCGACGCGUCUGUGUAGACCCAUCGAUGUGGCGUAAAAUCGACCUGAGAAACUUGGAUGGGUUGGUUUACGAUCUCGAGACCAUGUGCCGUCACGCCGUUGAUCUCAGCCAGGGCGGCUUGCUUGAGAUCAACAUUGAUCACUACACCACCACUUCUCUCCUCACCUACAUCGCCGAGAGAUCAAGUGAUCUGAGAAGCCUUGGAUUUGUUGAAUGUGGUCCAGUAGUGAGUAGAGGAGUCAUCGAAGCGGUCAUGAAGCUCCCAAUGCUUGAAGAACUAGAUAUUUCAUACGAUUCUAUCAGAGAACAAGAUUUGAUACUUGUAGGCCAGUCUUGUCCGAGUCUGAGGACGUUAAAGCUAAACUGCGCGGGUAAUUCUGAGUACUGUUGUGAUAAGGUUGCUCUAGCAAUCGCUGAGACAAUGCCCUGUCUUCGCCACCUACGGCUUUUCAGGAACGGGUUAUCGGAUACGGGCUUGAACGCUAUUCUUGAGUGUUGUCCUCACCUGAAAGUCCUCGAGUUACACAAGUGUUCAAACAUUACUCUUGUCGGAAAUAUGGGCAACUGAUUUUUCUUGAGAGGAUUAAAGAUUUUUGAGACGACCCCAACCUAAUGACUCAACUUGCCGAUUACCCAUUUGGUGACUUACCUUUCGUGUCACGAGAUGUACUGCCUAGAUUCUAUUCAUUUGUUAGUGAUUCUUAUUUAGAUUAUUGUAUUUCACCGAUCCAUACAAUUCAUGUUGGAAUA